GGGGAGGUCUGGCCUGGGUUAUGGACCGAGACACAGCUUGUCGGGGUGUCUCAGGAUCGGGGUGAGAGGCUUUGUAGAGAUGUCCUAGGGGAUGUCAGGUGACAGACCGGGAAGUUUACUGGAGUGGCGGAGAAGGAACAGGUUGCAAAGAGAGGCGUGUCCCGGGCAUUUGUACAGGGGGUCAGUGUGGGGGUGGGUGUCCCUGGACUUUGUGUUUGUGUAUGUGCGUGUGUGGCGUCACUCGGCAUCACCUAGUGUUUCCUGGCGGAGAGUGGGAAGGGGCCGACCUCGUCAGACUUGCCGACAGGCUCACCCGCCUCUGCGGGCCACGUGAUUCUGUGGCUGCAGCCUCCGGACUGUGGUGGGGUCAGCCAGCAGCGGGGUCGCUUGCUCACCUGCCCCUCCCAUCUCGACAGCUCUAGGAAUCGGGGGUCUUGAACAGCUGCCCUGAUGUUCCUGCUGAUGUGUCUCUGGAAGCAAAUCCUAUCUGCAAACGUCGGGUUUACUCAAAAGCUGAAAUUAGGGGUUUUUUCUUUAAGACCUGGAUUUCCCUAUUGAUUUAGCAUAGGGUUCUUUGACAGAACAAAUACCCCAGUACAUUGAGAACUAGUCAGUUUGUGGAAAAUCAGCUUAAUUCAACACGUGUUGAGUUCAUGUGUCUGCCACGCUCCAAGCACAGUGUUGUGGGAAAUACUAGAGAAGAGCAGGACAGGUCCUUCCCCUCCUGGAGCCUUGUCUAGCCGGGAAGAUGGGACUGACCCUGCAGCAUAGGUAAAUAACAGCGUGAGGCAAGAAGGCGAUGAGCUCCUGCUGAGCACAGGGGUGCCGCUGUGUCUGGGGGUGGGGGCCCAGCCCACGUCAGCUCCCAGACCUCCUUCCUGUCUCGGCCCGCUGUGGGCGGGGGGGCUCCAGCUAGCUCCGCAGACCCCACCGCAGGCUUCCUCCGAGUCCUGCACAGUCCCGGGAGCUGCUCACAGUUGGUGAGGCUGCCCUGCGGGAGGGUGCUUGCCUGCCGCGCUGUAGCUCCGAUCUUCUGGGUGACCCUUGAGAUCUGACACCUGGAGCGGCUCAGCAGCGAAUCGUUAGAACACUGUGACCCGUAUUCUCUCAGGAGGAUUCCCAAAGGGAAGAUGCUUUGGUGCUGGUCCUGGAGCCCUCGCUGCCACACGCAAUGACCGAGGAAGAGCAGGGCCGGCCGGCGGCUGGGCUCUCGGCAGCGUCCCGCGCGCUCUGACCUGAUGGGUCCGGGAAGGCCGGCCGCUGUCACCAGGGCUCACCUGGCAGCCUGCGUCCAGCUACAUGGGAGCAGCGACCCUAGGACCCUCCAGGCCCAGAACCAGCUGCAGUUCAGCAGGAGUGCACCCGAGCACACAGGCACCCCGGCCGUGCGCUACUCCUGCCCGCACGCCAUCCGGAUCGAGAAGCUGAAGCACUCAUACCGUGAGUCAUACGGCUGUGAGGAUGCGGGCUGGCAUGGCAGCGGCCACGGGAGCGGCUCGGCCUCGUUCUCCGUCAUCUCGGAGGAGCGGCUCAGCUACGCCGUGCACCUGGCCAAGAGGGACGUGAAGCGCAGGCAGCUGGAGGAGCGCGUUGGGCGGCGCCGGCUCGGGGGGGAGCCCCGGCUCUCUCGUCUGCACAAGGUCCCCGAGCCCAGCAUGCAGAGGAAGGAACCGGGGAGCCGGGACACAUGCCCUUGUGGCCACCAGCCGUCCACGAUGGGAACGUCCUGCGCGGGUGCCAAGGUGUAUCUGUACGCACCUCAUCCGGCCCCGUCCCACCUGGCUGUGCCCCACUCGCCCCCCACCCACGACCCGGGCCUGGAGCCCCGCCCCAAGCUCGGCGGCCACCAGCAGCUGCUGGAUGUGCAGCGGCUCCAGAGGGAGCUGAGUACUUGCAUCCACAAGAUGGAAGAGGUCACGAAGAAAGACAGGACGGAAGUGGCUUUGGACCCCGAUGAGGAGCGACGCGCCCGAGUCAGGAGGCAGGAGCAGGCCGUGAGCUCGGCCCGGAUGCUGUAUGUCCUGCAGCAGCAGGUGAAGGAGAUCCAGGAAGAGUUGGAUAAAUUGAGCCCACGUGAGACCAGACACACGAAGAAGUCAUGGGCCAUGUCGCGGCUGGCAGCUGCCCACCGAGGAGCCAUCCGGGCCUUACAGGUGUUGGUGACGCAGCUUACGGACCGCGGGGAGCACCCGGUUCCUGCGCGCUGUCGGGAGCUGGGCGGCCUCAUCCGCCAGCUCUCGCUCUGCUCCGCCAAGCUGCACGCCGACCCCUCCGUCCCCAAUGUGGUUGCGGACAUCCUGCGACAGAUUGAGGCUUUGGAAUCCCUCCUGGAAAAGAAAUUGUCACCAAAAAAGAAGAAAAGUUUCACGGAAAUUCGGAGCAGGUUUCCUGUUGGUGGCCGUGGGGCCUUAGAGAGAUGGCAGAGUCCUUCUCCUAAGAGUGCGAGGAGAACCCUUGUAGCAAAGGAGUCGUUUCCCGAGGAAGCAAGGUGGCCUUCAGGGGCGAAGACGCUCCCGGCUGAUAACUGUCCCGCUGGGACAGCGCCUGCUGCGACCUGGAGGUUGGAGAACGGGCUGGAUGUAAUGGGUGCAGAGAGCCUUCCGGAAGAAACCCUGUCUGCUCCAGACCACAGCGCCAGCUUCUCGGGGGAUCCACUGGCCCUGGCGAGAGCCGGAGCUGCAGCGGGGAGGCCCACUACCAGGAGUGCGGUGCUCCGGAAGGAGGAGGCCCGGGCGCCAGCGAGGCCACCUCAGGGACUGCACAAAGCUGGAAGAGGAGGACCGACCCGGUCCCAGAGCAGAAGCCGACUGCAGCGCACCACAGUGUCCUCCAGACUGAAAGUGAGCCAGCAGCCUGUGAGGGACAGCAGAGCCCCUUGGGUGCCUCCGAACCCCACGUCCCCGCCAGCGUCUCCCAAGUGCGCUGCCUGGCUGAAGGUGAAGCCGAGCCCCAAGAGUGCUGCAAAGGAAGCAUGGCUGCGGCAGGACGAGGCUCCGGACGGGAGACCGCGGAGGGACGCCGUUGCGCAGGAAGCUGUGAGCAGGCUUGCUUGGCUUGAUGCCGAAACUUCCAGAACAGUGAAGGAGCUGGAGGAACUGAAAGCCGGAGCCUCGGACGAGAUGCGGAGGCGGGGGACCGCUGCGGCCUGGCCUCGCCACGUGGACGUGUACCCGUGUGACUGUGUGUGUGGUCUUUGCUACCAAGUGUCCCUCCUGGGCAGAGAUGCCGAACGUCGGGGGGCUGGGAAAGCUGAGAGAGUGUCAGACACCCAGCUAGCAGACAAGGUGGAGAAGGCAGUCCUGGAACGUUUGAAGCCUCUUCUGGUCACGGCCCAGAGGGUCAGCUCUUCUCAGGAAGCAGAUCAUCAGCCGAGGGACCGGCUGUCAGCAGACGUGGCAACCGGCCAGCCUGUGGAGGAGGCUGCAGCUGUGGACCGUGCAGCCCACAGCCUUCACCAGCUGGGGGACUGCUUGGAAAACGCUGCCCAUGGGCCCUGGACCACGACCCACCAUGGGGGCUUGGAGUCAGAAACCUCAGCGCCGAUUGGGGACGGCAGAGGCAGCCCGGAUCUGGAGGGCCUGAUGCUGCGGGUGGAGGAAAUGGAGAAAUACCGGGAGAUAAUUUGCCAGAGAUAUAGUAAAAUCGUAUAUGCUGAUCCUCACCUGUGGGGGCAGGAAGGAAAGACGGGGCAGGCCCCCCCAGCAGUAAGUGAGAGGCCUCUCUCUCCUCAUCCAAUCAGGAUCACAAAGACCCCAGCUCGCAGAGACCCCGACGUGAACAUCGUGUUGGAAGAACCCAGGAAUGCCAAUUCCCUGGACGAAAGCGUGGGGAUGGAUGAGAGGUCUGAGAAGAGCGGGGCCCGCCUUGCACCCCUCCCAGAAGAGUGUCCGCAGAAGGACGGCCAGACCGUGCUGCACGUUCCCCCAGGCCUGCGGCACAGCAUUGGCGACUACUGUAGCCGCUUCGAGCAGUACCUCCGCCUGGUUGCGCACGAGGCUGUGGGCACCUUCAACCCGUGGCUGUUGGCCGAGAGCUUCUCCGAUGAGCUGGUAGAUGAGGCUCUGGGGGCCGUGGCCGCGGAGCUGGAGGACGCGUGCGAGGACUACGCGGAAGCCGUGUUCACCUCAGAGUUCCUGGAGGCCGCAACCUGAGGGCUCCGUCUGCAGUGGAUUUCCUCCCCGGGGCGCAUGGGAGCCCCUGAGCCUGGCUGCCCCUCUGUGCCUACUGGGUGCUGCCCGCAGCAGGGGCCCCUUUCCAUCCUCUCGUGGUCGUGGUGAUGGCUCUGGUGGUUGAUGAUGGAGGGCAAGGUGUUUCUCAGCACCUGGAAAUUGUGAAUUAUGACAAUAUAAUAGUUUCUCAAUGUGUAGUUUCCCCAUUGAAAUCCUAUGUUUGUUUUGCCACUGAGUCUGGUAACAGGAGCAUGGGGAAAGGUGCUGGCAGGUGUAUUUCCCGAAGGUCCACGUUGCUGCCCAGCCGCCUGCACCCGUGGCUCCUGUGCUCCCGUCAUCCCGAGCUCGCUUCCGUCGGUCCCCGCGACGCCGCGCCAUGCAGACAGAGCCCACCAGCCCUCGGCGUCCCGCCAGCCAGUUCUCACUCCGGCGGUCCUCUGCACCAUGGCCCGCAGCCUUGUCUCGCCCUAGCGGCCGUGUUCUGAUGUCCAGACUGUGUCAGCACACGGGGGCCAUUGGAGGCCGUCGGGAGGGUCCCGGGCUGGUGUCCCUGUCCUCUGGGCCAGCAUAUUCCACGCCUGUGGACCCGCAGAGGACCAGGUGGGAGGAGAGGCCUGGGCCAGAGCAGAGGACCCGCCUGGAUGCGGAAAGCCCGGCAGGUCCCCCGGGAGAGGAAGACACCUGAGAGCCACAGCCGAUUCGUUUCGUCCACUCCAAGCUGUGUUUUACCAAGAAGUGCCUCUGGCUUUUCAGAAACAGAAAAGGAAUGUGCAUGAAAGUAAGGUCACUUCCUGGAAGAAGGUUCUCUUCGUCAGCUGGCCUGGCUCGGCUCGGCCAGGGAUGAUGUGACUCCUUAGGACGCGGUCGGUAUCACAGCUGUACUUUCUCUGGCGCGAGCGAGUUUGAGGCAACCGCGGGAGCGGCUUGGCCAUACAGCCGCGCGCACUCCUGGGCCGGGGUGGUGCUGGCCUUCUGCUCGAAUUAGUGUGGCCUCAGGACCAAGAAGGCUCUGGGGCCAAAGGUCGUCCCUGUGCGGCGCACGUGGUGGUUCAAAGUCAUCUGUGGGGCAGUUUGUACUGCACUGAUUUUUAAAUAAACUAAGGAUUUUCCAGUA